UGUUGCAGCACAUAUUUUAAAUAGAAAAUUAGAACUCUAAUAACGUAAACAUUUUACAACACAAUGAAACAAUGUAUUCUGGGACUGUAGUUUGAAGCAGCUGUAAACUGAAUUGGUGAUAUCGCGAACGAGACUUCAAUGCCCAGAAACGUAAUCUUUUUGUUGUAGCUGUACGGCUUGUUCGUGAGAGUCGCCCUGAACUAGCAGUUGUGCAAAUUCCCUGAUCUUUUAAUAAUCUGGAUAUAUUUUGGUCAGUUUAUGUAAAUCAAAAUGAUUUGAAGAUCGAAUAAUCUGCCCAGCGCCCGGCUCAGGUCCUCUCGUCAACCAGCACUGUCUUGUAAUGUUUACUUCUUUAGUGCUUCGGCGUGUCCUCUCGAGCGCUUGUAUAGCGGACUGAUGUAGUGUCUGUUAGCUAAAUUAUUUUACACAAACAGUUCAUAGGUUGGGUAGCUUUAUUCAUACGCUUUAUUCACACGAAGGAUAUCCAUCGUGCACAAUCGAUGUAAAUACUCGAUGUGAAUACACCCAGGUAGUUGCAGUUAUAGUCGAGAACGAAGUGCGAGCAAGAUCCUCGUUCAUGAUGGCGAUGUUUCGCAGUUUUGUGUCGGCUACUCAUCAGCUCAGGCAGCAUCAACAAAACGGGGCAGCCGCGGCUGCCACUGGCGAGAGCCUCGAGAGCCAGUUCUCCUGCCCAAUUUGCCUGGAGGUGUAUCAUAAACCUGUCACCAUUGGAAGAUGUGCCCACACGUUCUGUGGGGAGUGUCUGCAGCCCUGUCUCCAGGUCACCUCUCCCCUCUGCCCUCUGUGCCGCAUGCCUUUUGACCCAAAGAAGGUGGACAAGUCCUCCAGUGUGGAGAAACAGCUGUCCAACUACAAGGCCCCCUGUCGGGGCUGCAGCAAGAAGGUGUCUCUGGUCAAAAUGAGGUCACACAUCUCCUCUUGCGCAAAGGUCCAGGAACAGAUGGCCAACUGCCCAAAGUUUGUGCCUGUGGUCCCCACUUCACAGCCCAUUCCCAGCAAUGUUCCAAACCGUUCCACCUUUUCAUGCCCGUUCUGUGGAGCCCGCAAUCUGGACCAACAGGAGCUGGUCAAACACUGUAUGGAGAACCACCGCAACGAUCCCAACAAAGUGGUGUGUCCUGUAUGUUCAGCCAUGCCCUGGGGGGACCCCAGCUACAAGAGCUCCAACUUCCUCCAGCACCUGCUCCACCGGCACAAGUUCUCCUACGACACGUUCGUGGACUACAAUAUCGAUGAAGAGGCGGCACUACAGGCAGCCCUGGCUCUCUCCAUGGCAGAGAACUGAGAGUCCCCCAUUCUGCUGUCUGGGGACGCACUUCCMUCCUGACACCCCACUAGCUCUCUUUCUUUCUCUGGAUCCACCCCAUAUCCAGCCCCCUCACAGGGAGAGUUUGGAAGGACUUGGCCCUGGUCUAGACUCCCACUCUGGGAGAGCUACAGAGAGAUUAUCUCCUAACCCUGUCCCUGAUCCUCUGCCUGGCCCUUCAUCCWMUCUGCUCACCUGCUUAACUCGUCCCAUUACAUCAUACUCUCAGCCGGCGGCAGCCCCUUCACUUCCUGUAUAAUGGGGAGGAGGGGAGCUUGGCCUCCAAUAAAUGUUGCAAUUCAAAACCACUGCAAUGCAAAACAAUGAGGGCAGCAUGGACAUUGUUGUUAUUCUGCAGAAAGUAUGAAGGUUCCCAAAAGUAAUGAUUUAAGGUAUUUUCUUUUACUCUUUAUUUUUCACUGUUCAAAUGAAACGUUUUCAAACUCCAGGAUGAGUCACAUGACAGACGUUCUUGUAAAAGUACCACAGAUUAGUUCUGUUAAAGUUUAUUCUCAAGUGCAUAGCUUGAUGGCUUUUUGAUUGAGGGACUACAGUUGAAUGGCUUGACCUCAUUCUCAGUGUGAUAAUCUUACCGCUGGGUGACAGUCUAGACAUGACCAGUUAAACACAGAGAGUGAGGACAUUCUUGCAUCCCCAUCACGACAACACACUAACAUUUGCAACGCGAAUCAAAACAAACUCUCAAACUAUCCCCUUUUGUAUUCAGAGUUCGUGUGAAUACUUGCACUUGUCACAUUUUUCUACAUAAUUGAACUAUAGAUUGUUCUUAUUUCACAGUUGAGAAACAGAAUUGUAGUACUCCAUUCAUUCUUCACUCUGCUGAUAUUUUUAUGAAGCACCAGACAAGAUAAAAAUAUAUUUUUGGAAAAUGUCCCAGUUUCAAAUGGUGUACUAAUAAUAAGAAACGUGUUUAUUGGAGAUGUGUUCGUUGUUUUACCACCUUUUUCUAAGUACCCGUUGGUACUGUACUGCUGGCAUCAAACAGUUGUWAGCAGGAGCUUAGAGCUCAUGUGUAAUACGCUCUCAAACACAAGAGGGCGCCCCAGUCUCAAAAUAGACCUGGCAAUAGUCAUUCAAAGCCGUGUUCUUCAGUCAGUGUUACUCCAAGUCAUCAUGUUUAUACCCAYUCACAGUAUUGUGAAGAAUGUCCAUGUGUUUUCUAAAUAUAUGACCCGUUUGGUUUAGUGCCCAGUAGGAAAAGUGCAAUAUUAUGACGUGAGUACUGUUGGWUAAGUCUAUCCUUGUGGUUGAGUUGGUUGCUGCCCCAUAAGAGUCCAGUUUUAUGUUAAUUAUUGUCUUGAACACCAAUGUUGAUCUGAUAGUAAAAUGCAAAUGUCAAAGUGUACAUUGCUACACUGUACAGAAUCUGCAAUAUUCCUAGGCCAUUUACCUUUCAGGUUCCACACUGCUCCAAUCUCAGUGGGGUCUCCCCAAAACGCAUUAGUCAUCAGAGCUGUGAAAAACAGAUUAACAGGCCUGGAAUGUGUAUGGUAUAUUCAAUCAUUAUGUUCCAAUGGUUUGUUAAAGACAUCCACUUUCUGAUAACGCAGUAAUUAUUCAAGUUGGAUUUAAACAGAACUGUUCAGAACAGCUGCAUAUUCAAUCUUAUGAGAUCAAUUUCUCUAAAGGCACUUUGCUUCAAAGGGAUAAAAUUAUAAAAGUACGUUGCCCCAAAGUAGAUGUCCAAUUAUAAGCCAUGUUUGAGUAGUAGUGUACCCGUUGAGCUAGCAUUGAUCUAUGGAGAUUUAAGAGAAUGUUUUGGUUUACUCUGAUGAAGGAUGCCUUAUGGGAAACUGGUUAGAUUGUUCUUAUAUAGCAAGCAAUGGAGGAAGAUAUUAUGUAUUGUGAUUAGUUGUUACUAGACUGACUAGUAAAAGUCUAAUGGUCUGUCCAUUUGUGAUUUUCCUUGUUUCCGAGGAGAAUUGUACAUACGGUAGAGAAUGCAACAUUUAGGUUUAGGUCUAACUUUUCGUAAGUUAUCUUUUUCACACAGCAAUGCAUUGAAAUMUUGCACUUUAAUUCAGAAAUAUAUUUUGAAGGGUAGGAAUUGUGUUUUAUUUUAUUUUACUUUAAUUCGUUCCAAUGUAUCCAUUUCAUGAUGGAUGAUAAUGUAAGUUGUGGCUGUUUUUGUGUAAGAGCAGAAGGCAGGUUAAGUGUUAUCUCAGUCAUAACAUGUUUUGGAGUACAGGAAUGGUACAACAUGUAUUUCUGUUGUGUCGUUCAUAUUUUAUAGAUGGGUAUAGAUUGCAAAAUCAACUGAGAAAACCAUCCCAGAUGCCCAAUAGUGUGGCAAACAAAAAUGGGCUCUCGGCUUAGUCAAAGUGUUCAUGGAGAUAAUACAUCCUUAUAUUUGAUAGACAUAUUUUCAGUGUUUAAAUGUAAUGUACUGGUUGGUGGCACAGUCUUGACAGGGGUAGCCAUUAGAGAAAAACUGUCGUCACCAUGAGAAGUCCUGAGUUUCUUCUGGGGCACCAAGGAAUUGUCACGCAUCUUCAAUUCAAUCAUUUACUCAGCCUUUUUUACUACCUAAUAAUGAUGCUAUUUUAUAAAUGUAAGGUAAAAGGUAUUGUAUGUUUAGAUCAGCGUUCAUGUGCACAGCUGUAGCCCAAUGUAGAUUUUGUAUGGAGUAUACCUUAAAUGUAUACUUCUCACUCUGUAUUGUUGCAUCCAUGCAUAAUGCGACUGUACUGUGCAUCAUCAUCCCAGAUGUCCUGCUUGUGGUCAAAACCAGCCCAAUCUCUGUAAAAUAAACACAAUGUUGCAGGCCACACACUGAUAGACCACCUGCAACAAAGACAUACACCAAAAAAAGGACAGUGAAAAGGAAACUAUUUGUAUGAACUUUGUUGGGUCAUUUUUCUCAAGAGGGCCUUMCUGAGACUGUCUGUUCUGAACUUGGUAAGGCUGACAGGAACUAGACUGCCAUAUAGACUGGUAUCACAGCAAUCAGAGAAGACAGAGCCUGUGUCUCUGACUGUGUCCCCCCAGGACUUGGCUGCCCUGGGAGUGUAUGUAAUGUCACUCAGUAUAGACACAGGCUGAUGUUGUCCUCCCCAGGGGGACUGAGCUGCAGUCACUUGAGCCAGAUCGUUUCCUUCAGGGCCACUGUGCCCUAGAGACCCACCCUGGGGUUUUGGCCCUACUGUCAGGGCCUGUGUGUGUUAAAUGUGAUUUAUGCAUUCUUGAAAAAUAGUAAUAAUACCAGUAAUAACAAUGUGGAUAUUCAAGUUAUAACACUGUUUGAAGUUUAAUAAGAUAUUGUAUUUGUAGCAGAUUUUUUUCCCCCUCAAUAAAAACACUGACCCAUUUUCCUUCCUGA